UGCGUCUAGUCGGGGCUAGUCCGGAAGUGUGUCAGAAGGAUUUCGGGUCGCCCGGAAGUGGUCGUUUGCGGGCGCGGGCAGGCCGUGUAGUGGUCGUUUGCUGCCCAGCGCGGGUCACAGAGGGAAGUGUGUCUGGUGACGGGCCUGAGCCACCCCGGGAGGUCUGUCUGGCGGGAGACCCGGCGCCGCGGAGCGGGAGCAGGGAGGCGGCAGGAUGGUGAAGCUGACGGCGGAGCUGAUGGAGCAGGCGGCGCAGUACACCAACGCCGUGCGGGACCGCGAGCUGGACCUGCGGGGCUAUAAGAUCCCUGUCAUCGAGAACCUGGGUGCGACCUUAGACCAGUUCGAUGCGAUCGACUUUUCUGACAAUGAGAUCCGGAAGCUGGACGGCUUCCCGCUGCUGCGGAGACUGAAGGCCCUCCUGGUGAACAACAACAGGAUCUGGGUGACCUGGACCCGCUGGCGUCGCUCAAGUCGCUUAAGACGCCCUGUGACAGUGAGUCCCUCACAGGAACCCCUGCCCGGCCUGGACCUUAACACCCUGAGGACAGGAAUGCUGCCUGGGAACGAACUGGAAAAGGGGGUCCUGGUUCAAUUCCUGGUCAGGUGCGACGAGAACUGCCUGGGCUGCGAGGCGGGCCUCACGCGUCGCCAACCCCACCUGCAGCAAUGCGGAGGAGACCUGUGAGAUGGUGAAGUCCAACCGGCUGUGUGAGUGCAAGCUCUUCAUUCAGCUCUGCUGCCCGCACGUGGGCACAGCCCAUUGAGUUCCACCCGCCGGCCGCAUCCCUGUGAGGACGGGACCCCAAUGUGCACCCUCAGGCUCUGCCUGGGACCCCCACGUUUACCGAAUGUUGGGACCAAAGCAGAGUGUCAAGCACGUGGCCUCGCGUCCCUUCUUGUUGGGCUUUGAGCAUCUCCAAGGUCAACCUCAGCCUCCCGUGGGACGGGCCGUCCCCACGUGUGACAAAGGGCCCAGCCGCCCCUGUCCUCCGCCCAGACUGUAAGCCAGACGGCACGGCGGGACCUCCUCCUGCCGAACCUGUUGGGGCGUGUGGAUCCGCUGCCUGUUCCGGUUCUCACUGAGGGGGGUCCUGUGGACAGGGAGCCCCAAUAUUUCCCAGGAAAUGCACGGAUCGCCUUCCGGGGCCAGGAGUAACCUUUGCUUUAAACUUUCUAUUGAUCUUCAAUGUUUCCAUUCAGUCCGGCUCCACCCUCUGUCCUCACAAAGCCCACAUGUCCCUGGGAGCUGGGCCCCCACCUCAAAGGGGUGGAUCGAACCCACGACACCAAGAAAGACGCCCUCAGAGCAAAUGCAGUGCUGACCCUAAGUUAAUAAAGCGUUAUCAGCCCCCUGCGAA